CCACUUCAGAACGCACGCAUUUGGUUUGCUCUGAGCCUGACCUCCUGUGCUGGCAGAAGUCUCUUCAGUCGGACUUGGGUACUGCAGAUGUAGCGCAGUUCAGUGCUUGGCUUCCCCUCGGUGCGCCUCAUCUUGGGUUGGAAAAUUGGAGAGCAGCAUGUGUUGCCCACUGAAACUCCUCCUGAUGCCAGUGUUACUGGAUUAUUCCCUGGGCCUGAAUGACUUGAUUGUUUCCUCCCUUGAGCUAACGGUCCAUGUGGGUGAUUCAGCCCUGAUGGGGUGUGUUUUCCAGAGCACAGAAGAGAAACGUGUGACCAAGGUAGACUGGAUGUUCUCAUCGGGAGAGCACGCCAAGGAUGAUUACGUGCUAUACUAUUAUGCCAACCUCAGCGUGCCUGUGGGGCGCUUCCAGAACCGUGUGCGCUUGGUGGGAGACAUCUCACGCAGCGAUGGUUCUCUCCUGCUCCAAAAUGUGGAAGAGGCCGACCAGGGAACCUACACUUGUGAAAUCCGGCUUGAAAUGGAGAGCCUGGUGUUCAAGAAAGCGGUGGUGUUGCACGUUCUACCAGAAGAAACCAAAGAGCUCAUGGCCCAUGUGGGUGAUUCGACUCAGCUGGGCUGUGUUCUCCAGAGCACAGGAGAGAAACGCAUGACCAAGGUAGACUGGACGUUCUCAUCAGGAGAGCACGCCGAGGAGGAGGUUAUGUUACGUUAUCACUCCAAACUCAGGGUACCUGUGGGGAGCCCCCAGAACCGGGGCCGCUUCCAGAACCGUGUAACCCUGGUGGGGGACACUUCCCGCAAUGAUGCGUCUAUCAUGCUCCAAGGAGUGCGGGAGUCUGACAGAGGAAGCUACACCUGCAGUAUCCACCUGGGGAACCUGACCUUCAAGAAAACCACCGUGCUGCACGUGAUCCUGAAAGAGCCCCGAACAUUGGUGACCCCAGCAGCCCUCAAACCUGAGAUCCUGGGUGGGAAUCAGCUGGUGAUCAUUGUGGGGAUUGUCUGUGGCACUAUCCUGCUGCUUCCCGUUCUGAUAUUGAUCGUGAAGAACACCCACAGGAAUACGAGCUCAGGAACGUCCACAACCCUGGUAAAAAGCCUGGAGAACAUACAGAAGCCUGAUCCAGAGAAACAUGUUUACUCCUCAAUAACCACACGGGAGCUGAUUGAGGAAGAAGAAUCGAGUGGAAGGGCAGAGGCCACCUACAUGACCAUGCACCCAGUUUGGCCUUCUCUGAGGUCAGCCCCAAAUAACCCGCCUGAAGAAAAGUCAGCUGGGGGAAUCCCCAAACCAGAGCAAGCCUUUUGAGAAGAAAGGAGAAUUCCUUGUGUCCUUAGCAGUGGCGCAGACUCUGUCCUCUGUGUGUCCCGAGUCACUGUCUGGUCAUUCCGGACCCCUGCCCCCACCCCAGUUGGCUUCCUGCCCCAUUGGUCAAAAGGCUGAAGAAGGAGGGUUCAGAACCUGGCAGAAAGACGGGACAGCUCGGGAGGAACGGGCUCCGAUGGAGAGAAGCAUGGCGGCGCUCCUUCCGGAGCGGGACACUGGCCCUGGGGACCCUGGCCGAGCCGCCGCAGUGGCCUCCUGCAUUCCAUCAGGUCCUCCCCUUGGAUGUUGGUCUCCAUGGAUGGGUUACUGGGAAGAAUCACAGAAGUCAAAACCAACCCAAACGGUUCCUUUGGCAAAUUACCCCUAAAUAAACGUGGCUUGUGGAAAUCA